AUGAAGAAUCGCACGGCGGGAAAACGCUCUGCGCGUGCGCCCCACGGCGAGGCGUCAGCUCAGGCCUCAGUCCUUCGCCCUCACUCGGGAGAGCGAGCUUACACGUGUGAGCACUGUGGCAGAGCCUUCGCUGCUGCUUCACAGCUGUCGAAGCACGUGCGAGCGCACACCCGGGUGCAGCCGUGGCCUUGUGACAUCUGUGGGAAGACCUUGAGCAGUUCGUCAAGUCUCAGCAUCCACAAGCGUUGCCACACGGGAGAGAAGCCCUUUGCGUGUCAGGAGUGCGGGAAGGCGUUCGCUCAGUCUUCGCACCUCAAGAAACACAUGCGGAUCCACACGGGAGAGAAGCCCUUCGCAUGUCAGGAGUGCGGGAAGACCUUCACCCAGUCUUCUCACCUCAUGAAACACAUGCGAAUCCACACGGGAGAGAAGCCCUUUGCGUGUCCGGAGUGUGGCAAGUCCUUCACCCAGUCCACACACCUCAUGAAGCAUCAGCAAGUUCACACGGGAGAGAAACCCUAUGCGUGUCAGGAGUGUGGCAAAGCCUUCACUCAGUCCUCAGACCUUCUGAAGCACGCACGCGUCCACACCCCAGAGAAACCCUACGUGUGUCAGGAAUGUGGGAAGGCGUUUUCUCGAGGGUCGUUUCUCACGGUCCACAUGCGAACUCACACCGGAGAGAAGAAUUAUCCAUGUGACCGAUGUGGCAAAACUUUUGCUUCUUCAUCCUACCUCACUAAACAUUUUCGGACGCACACGGGCGAGAAGCCUUUUGAAUGUAGCAUAUGCGGGAAGACCUUCACACGAUGCUCUGACCUGACGAAGCACAUGAAGAUCCACACAGGAGAAAAGCCGUUCCGGUGUGACAGAUGCAGUAAAACCUUUGUCUCCUCGUCCCAACUGAGGAAGCAUAAUAGGACUCACACAGAUGAGAAGCCUUUUCACUGUGACAUCUGUGGGAAAACCUUUUCCCGGGCUUCUUAUCUUUCCAUUCACAAGCGCGUUCACACGGGGGAGAAACCCUAUCAGUGUAAGCAAUGUGGAAAGACCUUUGUGGCCUCCUCUGCUCUCUAUGUACACCUCAGGUCUCACACCUUUUGA